AUGGUAUCAAACUUCAGCUGUGAAGCUUGCCCCCUUGUGAAUGUGACCUUGCAAGCCGUUCCAGGGAAGCUGAAGUUGUUAGUGAAGUGGGACCCUCCCUCUUCCUGGUCCGACCACACCCUCUUCCCCCUGAAGUACCAAGUCAGAUACCACUGGGACAACAAGGGUACCCCACAUGAGAUCACUUUCGUAUCUAGUUCAGUGUGUUCCAUGGAACUGAUGUGGCUGGGACAGAGCAGUGAUUGGAGCCUACCUAUUACUGUCACCAUGCCUGCACACUGA